AUGAAUAUGCAUAACAUAAAUGUUACUUGCGUUGACUGCUCACUGCCAGGUGCUAAUUUCAGUGAUUUCCCUGCAUAUGUGAUUUCCAAAGGUUUAACCGUCUUGCUAGCUGGGGUCAUGUUCUUUACAACCCUCAUGGACAUCUUUGGAAAUAUGUUGCUGAUUUUGUCUGUGUUACAAAACAAGAAACUCCAAAAUGCUGGUAAUAUGUUUGUGAUUAGUCUCUCUGCAGCAGACAUCAUUGUAGCUGUGUAUCCAUAUCCUUUGCUUAUUGGUGCCAUUUUACAAAACCAGUGGACUUUUGGAAACAUACAUUGUCAGAUUUCAUCAUUGAUUCAUAGUCUGAGUUUUAUUGGCUCUGUCUAUAACAUAAUGGCCAUAGCAAUCAAUCGAUGGUGUUGCAUUUGCCAUAGCAUCAGAUAUGACAACCUAUACAGCAUGAGAAAUACCUACAUCCACAUUUUCCUGACUUGGGCAGUUAGCUUUAUACUACUCUUGUUUAUGUUUUUAGUUGGGGUUUCAAAGUACAAUCCCCAAAUUUAUUCUUGCAUGAUUAUAUUUGCAGCAACUGUAUCAUUAAACAUUAGUGUUCCAAUCAUACACUUUAUCAUACCAGUAAGUGUUGUUAUCUACUGCUACGUGCAGAUAUGGAUCCUAGUCAUUCAGGUUAAGUAUCGGGUUAGACAAGACAGUAAACAGAAGUUGAAACCAGCAGAAGUACGUAACUUUUUAACAAUGUUUUUAGUGUUUGUACUUUUUGCAGUUUGUUGGAGCCCAUUCAGCAUUCCAGCAUUGAUUCAGGGUUUUAGUCCACCAGGAAAGGCACCUAAAUUUCCAGACUGGCUGUUUGUUGUAGGAUACUUUACUGCGUGUUUCAACAGCUGCCUUAAUGGUAUGGUUUAUGGAGUUUUUAACCAGAAUUUUCGGCAAGAGUACAAAAAAAUACUUUGGUCACUGUGUACAUUUAUAUUAAGAGGAAUACAUAUGUUUAGUAAAUAA